GACUGUUGUAAAGAUGGCGACGUCGAGGCACAGAGGAGUACAACCUGGACGCUUUACCGCUAUUAAACGCCGCUGGUCCAGACACCGUAACAAUUGACACGGCAGCGGGAGCGAGAGUUAAUCGACCGGUUUGUCCGCCGCGGUGCGCUGUUUGGUGCUGUGUGGUGUCUUUGCGGGCCUGGUUGCUUUUGUUUUCGGUUAGUCGUUGCCUUGGACAGCUCAUUAGCUUCAAGUUGGAGAGCCAAUGCUAGCCCACGGCUAGCUGUGUAGCCCCAUCGGCUGCUGGGAUCUUUCUCUACGGCAUUCGUGGACUGAUAGCCCGACCAGUGUAAACGCUGGGCUGCGGGUACAUACUUAAAAGUUUUCUCUCUUUUUUUUAUUUUUUAUUAUGGAAACAGCACCCAUGACUCAGUUGGAUUAAAAAUACUUUAAAGAGGAACAAGGGACACCGACGAUCUGGCAUUGCGACACAGUUUGGAGUGAGUUUGCCGUCAUGUAUUUUCUAACCGGCUGGCCCCGGAGGCUGCUUUGUCCGCUUAGGAGUGAAGAAGAGCCCUUCCACAUCCAGCCCAGCUCCCAGAGGUUUUACUUCGCCGUGCUGUCGGAGACACAGCUCAGCGUUUGGUUCAGUCGGCCCAGUGUUUUGAUAGUCAGCUAUAUCGAGUCUGCAAAGGCGGCGGCCCAGUUUGGCUUCUACCAGAAGGCAGAAUGGAAACCAGACGACUCCAUGAUAGCUGUGGCGACUGCCAAAGGCUAUAUCCUCUUGUUUGAUGUGCUGGGUGGAGGGGAUGACAAGUACCUCUAUGAGCCUGUCUAUCCAAGAGGAAGUACUCGUGUGAAAGUGACCCCAGGUUAUAAGGAGGAGCAAUGUGCCCCCGCUCUGUCUUUAGAGAUGAAAAAGCCGGUGGAUCUGGAGGCCCCCAUCACCAGCCUGCAGUCCCUCCAGGAGGACUUAUUGGUGUGUACUGCAGAUGGCUACCUCCACGUGCUGCACUGGGACGGGCUAGGCAGCAACGGACGCAAGGCCAUCUGCCUCACUACAAUCCCCUUCUCGCUAGACCUGCAGUCUGCUCGAGGUGGUCCCUCCCUGGACCUGGAGGGAGUGUAUAUCCGUUGUAUGGAGUAUUGUGUGACCCUAGAUGGCUUUGCUGUGGUACUGAGUGACGGACGCCUGGGCUUUAUCACACCACUCAGCAACACCAUCACUGCAGAUCAGCUGCAGGGCGUCUGGGCAGCAGACGUGACUGAUGGCACCUGUGUGGCUGUCAACAACAAGUACAGAUUGAUGGCCUUUGGCUGUGCCAGCGGCUCAGUGCUGGUGUACAUGAUAGACACCACGACAGGAUCCAUGCAGCUCUCCCACAAACUGGAGCUCACCCCAAAACACUACCCAGACAUCUAUAACAAGACGGGCCCAGUCAAGCUGAUCUGCUGGUCACCUGACUACAGCGUUGCCAUGGUUACAUGGGAGUGUGGUGGCCUAUCCCUGUGGAGUGUCUUUGGAGCUCACCUCAUCUGCACGCUGGGAGAGGACUUUGCGUAUCGUUCUGAUGGUACUAAGAAAGACCCCAUUAAAAUCAGCUCUAUGAGCUGGGGAGCGGAGGGCUACCACCUGUGGGUGCUCCCUAUCAAACAGGAGAGGAGGAGGCAGGAGGAGCAGCAGCAGCAGCAGGACGAGGAGGAGGAGGAGAUGGUCACACCUCCUCACUCCUCCCUGCAGGCUGGCAUACUGCAGUUCCACUUCAUCAAGAGUGCACUCACAGUCAACCCCUGCACGAGUAACCAGGAGCAGGUGUUGCUCCACGGUGAAGACCGCCUCUACCUGACCUGUGGUGACCCCACGCAAGUCAACAGCACCUCUGACACGCACCCGCACACACACAUACACCCACGUGACGGUAGCCCACUGCACCAUCCCCCCAACCCCGACUCCUCUCUCUCUCAGGGACUCAGCACUUUACUGGGGCACAAGCACUGGCACGUGGUCCAGAUUCACAGCACAUACCUAGAGAGCAACUGGCCUAUACGGUUUGCAGCCAUAGACACAGCAGGCCAGUGCAUGGCUGUAGCAGGGAGGCGGGGCUUUGCACACUACUCCUUAUUCACAAGGAAAUGGAAACUGUUUGGAAAUAUCACUCAGGAGCAGAACAUGACAGUGACAGGAGGUCUGGCUUGGUGGAACGAUUUUGUGGUGGUAGCCUGUUACAAUUUUAUAGACCAGCAAGAGCAGUUGAGGCUCUAUCAACGCUCAACCAACCUGGACAAUGCCUUUGCAUCGGUCACUAAGCUGCACUCAGACACUCUGCUGCUCAACGUCUUCAGAGACAUGGUCAUCCUGUUCAGAGCUGACUGCUCCAUCUGCCUCUAUAGCAUAGAGAGGAGGAACGACAGUCCACAUCCGACAGCCAGCGUAGAGUUGUUGCAGGAGGUGUCAAUGUCUCGCUACAUCCCUCACCCUGCCCUCGUGGUCUCUGUCACACUCACCUCUGUGCGCACAGAAACUGGCAUCACAUUGAAGGCGCCGCAGCAGGCCUGCAUGGCAGAGAGCAUCAUGUUGAAUCUGGCUGGCCAGUUGAUCAUGCUGCAGAGGGACCGUUCAGGGCCGCAGGUGCGAGAGAAGGAGACACCAGCCAACAAUAAGAAGCUGCUACCAUUUUGUCCUCCGGUGGUGCUGGCCCAGUGUGUGGAGAACGUGUGGACCACCUGUCGCUCCAACCGGAAGAAGCGCCACUUGCUGGAGGCCCUGUGGUUGUCCUGUGGCGAGGCAGGCAUGAAAGUAUGGCUGCCGCUGUUUCCCCGUGACCAUCGCAAGCCCCACUCCUUCCUCUCCAGACGCAUCAUGCUGCCCUUCCACAUCAACAUCUACCCUCUGGCUGUGCUGUUUGAGGAUGCCCUGGUACUGGGGGCAACCAAUGAGACCGUGCUGUAUGACGGCCUGCAGGGGUCGUCUGAACCACUAGAGGCGGUGUUCCCCUACUGCACCGUAGAGAGGACCUCCCAGAUCUACCUCCAUCACAUCCUGAGGCAGCUGCUGGUUCGCAACCUAGGUGAACAGGCUUUGAUGCUGGCUCAGUCAUGUGCCUCCCUCCCCUACUUCCCCCAUGUCAUGGAGCUGAUGGUGCAUGUCGUGCUGGAAGAAGAGGCGACAUCGCGAGAGCCCAUCCCGGACCCUCUGCUGCCCACCGUGGCCAAGUUCAUCACGGAAUUCCCCCUCUUCCUCCAAACCAUCGUCCACUGUGCCAGGAAGACAGAGUAUGCCCUGUGGAACUACCUGUUCGCCGCUGUGGGAAACCCCAAAGAUCUGUUUGAGGAGUGUCUCAUGGCUCAAGACCUGGACACAGCAGCCUCCUAUCUGAUUAUACUGCAGAACAUGGAGGUUCCAGCAGUGAGCAGACAGCACGCCACUCUACUCUUCAACACGGCGCUUGAACAGGGCAAGUGGGACCUCUGCCGGCACAUGAUCCGAUUCCUCAAAGCCAUUGGCUCUGGAGAGAUGGAAACUCCGCCCCCAACACCCACCACUCAGGAACCCAGCUCUACUGGGGGGUUUGAGUUCUUCAGAAAUCGCAGCAUCAGUUUGUCACAGUCUGCAGACUCCAUCACUACGGGCAAGUUCAACCUGCAGAAGACCUUCAGUAUGCCCUCAGGACCCCCUGUUAAAGGUCGGGAUGUGGAGUGUGCAGAGAAUAUGUAUAUCGAUAUGAUGCUCUGGCGCCACGCCCGCCACCUCCUGGAGCAGGUACGCCUCCGCGACUUGGGAUGCUUCUCCGCACAGCUUGGCUUCGAACUCAUCGGCUGGUUGUGUCGCGAACGAAACCGCGUGGCCCGCGUUGAUGAUUUUGUUUCCGCGUUGAAGAGGCUCCACAAGGAUUUCCUCUGGCCCUUCCCUGUUAUCCCUGUGGGAAGCCUCAGCUCACCUCUGAAGAACGGACGGUGUCGCACAGUGCUGAGCACACGGCUGUUGAAGUCGCAGUCAGCUGACAGCCUGUUGAACAGCGACAUGGACACAGCACCCCCCCAGGCGACUCCCUCCAACCACACCUGGAUUGACGGCCUCGGACAGAGGGCCAAAGACAUGGACACGGCCUCGUCUGCUCACUCCAACCAACACUCGCCACAGACGCAUGAUGCAUUCCUGUCCCUGUUGACCAACAAAGUGGAAGAGUACAGCGUGGGCUCGGCCACGGACUUGACAGAGACCAGCUCGGUGGUGGAUGGUGAUUGGACGAUGGUUGACGAGAACUCUUCCACUCUGAGCCUGAGUCAGGCCGAGUUGGAGCACAUCUCCAUGGAGCUGGCCAACAAAGGCCCGCACAAGUCGCAGGUGCAGCUCAGGUAUCUCCUUCAUGUGUUCAUGGAGGCGGGCUGUCUGGAGUGGUGCGUAGUGAUCGGUUUGAUCCUGCGGGACGCAAACGUAAUAAAGCAGGUCAUCGGCUUCCUGGACAGCCCCGAGGUUCCCCAAGAAACUGUACAGAGUGUCAGAAGCGGCUUAUUGGCUGUUGAGACAUGGGCCUCAAUUGACUGUUUGGGAUACAAACCAUUUCUCAACCUGAUCCAGCCGCAGCUGCAGCGGUUGAUGGAUUCAGCUGCCGGCGAGCAGGUGCAGCCCGAGGCCUUCCAGCCCUCCAGCCAGAGCUCCAAGCUCGGCGGCUCCGAAGGGCUGGGAGGCGCUGCAUUGCCGCGGCCGGAGGACAGCAGAGGGGCGGCGGCUCCGCUGGGCCUGGCCUUGCCCUCCCUCGAACCUGCAGGAGGUUUUUCCCGCCCCCCUUCUGAGGACUGUCCUCCUGAACAGACAGAGGAGCAGGGAGAGGAGGAGGGAGCCUACGACUGCACCUUGUCCUGAAGCCAGGAGCCUCCUCUGGACACUAACCUGUGAACUUUAGACCCUAGAGAGGAGGAGACAGCAGCAGCAGCAGUGGCUUGAAAUAGACUUUGUGUGUGUGUGUGUGUGUGUGUGUGUGUGUGUGUGUGUGUGUGUGUGUGUGUGUGUGUGUGUGUGUGUGUGUGUGUGUGUGUGUGUGUGUGUGUGUGUGUGUGUGUGUGUGUGUGUGUGUGUGUGCGCGCAUCUGUGUGUGUGCGCGCAUCUGUGUGUGUGCGCGCGUCUGUGUGUGUGCGCGCGCGUCUGUGUGUGUGCGCGCAUCUGUGUGUGCGUGUGUGUGUGCACAGAAAGUACCUCUCCUGCAGGUUCUUACUUAAGUCAGUAUUAUCCACUCUUCAGAUUUGCCCUUUGUGUCGACUAGAACCCCUGUGGAUACUGAGCUAGCGACAGACAGCCCGACUGGCACAAAGACAUCGCAGCACAACCAGAGACAGGGUUCAGUCUGAUUGGUCCUUCUCUAACCGGCCUCAUUGUACCAAAAUGUGCUGUUAGACAAAAGGCCACCUAUGUCAGUUUAUACAUCAGGUUGCGGUGUUUGGAAGCUGUAGACCAGCAGAGGAAAGCACCAGGCUUUUUUUUUUUUUUUUUUUUUUAAUUCCAAGAUAAAUGUUUUGUGUGUGUGGCUUUUCUUUGGCACUCCUUCAAGUUCAACGGGAGACCUAGAACAUUUUUUUAUGUUGUGUUUUUUUUUUCCCGCUGUCCAGACAAAAAGCUCCAUUGUUUCUUUUGGUUGAAUGUAAACAGUGCAAGAAUCAGUUCAAAGAUUAAACACCUGCGUGUAAUCACAGCAUCAUGCUACGUCGCUAAGCAAAAUGUAGAACAAAGCUCUAGUCAUGAACCAUCACCGAGAUUCUCUGAAGUGUGUCUGAGCCGACAGUAAGCGCGCAGGUCUGUUCGUGUGCACAAGAGGUGUUUCAUACUUUCAUACCUCAUAUGAUUUUAAGAUAUUUUGUGAUACCUUUUUCAAUAAUGUAACAGUGUACAAGAUAACAUUAUUUUUCUAUCAAUUACACCUUUGCCCUCUUGAGUCUCCCUGUAAAGAAAAAGAUCUCACGGUAUGAAUUCUAUGUAAUUCUUGAGAAGUGACGACCUUAAGAUUUCUAAGAAAAUUAUCUCUGAGAAGAAUCCACUGUUGCGAGUGCAGACUAGUUUCUUACCACUGAUCAGUACCUCUGUUCAUGUAUUUUUCAUGCAACAACGCCCCCCCAUCACCCCGACUUUGCUGAAGUCCAGGCCCCACAAAAGUGUCCCAGAGGGGAGCCUGAGCCAGAAUCAGCCGUCUGCUCUUCUCCGUGUGGUCCAGAUUUUAAACAUCAGUCCAGAUCGGCGGUGAGCAGAUUCAAGGUCCUGCAGUGCAGCGAGGGGCUCGGGCAAAAAAACAGACGCUAUAAAAACCAAAUCAUGUGAUGCUUUAUCCAGCUUUUUUUAAACACACAUUUGGGUUUCAGUCUCCAUGUGGGAGAUUCAAAAUGUGUUUCCUAUCAUCAGCGAGGCAGAUCAUUUCAUAUUGUGUUAUUAAAGCCAUCCAGCUCUGUACAUUGUAUAUCUAUUCCUUGUCAAAAGCGCAUUAUUUGAUUCCCUCGUCGGUAGUGUUAACGGACACUCAGUCGGUACCAUUUUGAAGCGAGUAUGAGAUUCUGUCGCUGCCUCGGCUGCGGUUGUCUAAUGUGACCCUCAUCAUCUGAUAAGGACUUCUAUAUUUCGUCCAGUCCGAUAUGCAUAUCACAUCCCUGAACCGCUUGAGACAAUGAUUACCGAUUUCGCCACAUGCGUUUGUGUGCUCCUGUGUGGAUUUCUGAGUGCGUGUACCACAUUGUAUUGACAUGUUUGGUGACUUUCAUCACAUGCAAUUUGUUUUAAUUGUAUUAGUCUUCAAUAUUACUAUUAUUUAUUGGCAUUAUAGCUGAGUGGUAAUAACUGAAUUGAUGCUCGGUUUGUUUUUAUGACUGAUAAACGUUUCCCCCCUUUAGUUAAUCAAGGUUGUGUAUUGGCUCUCUACCAUAAGCACUAAAAGUUUUAUCACAGAUAUGUCAGUAUUAUAUUGUGCAAUGUAUUGAAAUGUUACUCAGCUUUAUUUUUUCCAUGCUUCUACUUCUUUUAUCUCCCCCCCAGCUGUUUGCUUUUACUUUUCAUGAUAGACCAAAUCAUAUGUUACAGAUUUAGUUUUUGCUCUCUCGUCGGUGUGUACAGGAUGAGUUGGGUGCAUUAUCUGUUGAGAAAUUAGACUCUUCAAAGUUGAAUUGCCUGUAUAGUUAGAACACUAUUCACAAAAAGGGCAAAAAUGACUACGCAGCACAGUGUUGCUGUCGCUGAUGUACUGUUGCCACUCAACAUAAAUCCUGUUGCACCCUCCACUCUGAACAAGCCUACAGCUACACUACGCUGCUGCGCUGUAAGCUUUACUUAACUUGAAAAUGGUAACACGAUGAACCAAAGACUUUAUGUCCAGAGGCCUUCUGUUUUAACCGGUUGCUUCGACUGAGCGCUUGACUCAUUAUGCAGAGGGGAAAAAACCUCUCACACACACACACACAUACCCCAUCCCUCUCAUCAGAAACUUAACCGUUGAUGCUCCAAACUAAUGCUGACAGCAUAUGAGACAAUUUCCUACGGAAAUGAAUAUUGCAGAUCUUUUCUGGGUUCCUUCUCUGCGGGCGAGGAGAGGUUGGUCAGGUGUGUCAGCGCCCCCCCCCUCCCUCCUGUGUACAGUUGUAAAAGUAUUGCCUGUUUCCUGUCCCGGAGUAAAGUUUUAUUUCUGGGGUGGGAGCAGCAAACAUCCUCAAUGCAGUGUAAAGAUACUCUCUUGUACAUUUGCCUUUUCUACUCAUGUUUGGUUUUCUACUUCAUUUUUUUCCCUUGUACAUAAAGACCAAUAAAUUAUUUUUAAAAAUG